AUGGGGCGGCAACGGCAAAUGUACCGCGAUCCCCUAUGCACGCCGCGUUCCACCGCUUGCCAAAACCCGCGCCUGGACCACCUCGAACAAGACGGACUGCUCUUCGUCUGGCAUGACCCCGAAGGCAAUCCGCCUCCGGCCGAAGUCGCCAUACCGAUAAUCAAGGACUCCGGACCACGAAUGGACCGAUUGGAAAUCGUCGACAACGUCGUGGACAUGGCGCACUUCUUCUACGUUGCACUUUUCGUUUCCACGCACUUCAAGAACGUCUUCGAGGGGCAUGUCGCCAUCCAGGAGCAGAGCGGUAUCAACCGCGACGACAUCGUGACCUGGACGGAUCCCGACGUGCCGAAGUUGGUCUCGAACUUCUCGGUGGCCGCCUAUCACGGACCGUCGUUCAUGAUCGAUGAUCUGGUGUACCAGUACGAAAACGUUCAAGGUGGAUUCGGUUUUGAUCAACUGCCACUAUCCGCGGACCAAACCGUUGACGCGAUGAUCGGUUACAUCAGCGUCGGAUUCGAACAGGACAUCGAGAUCUGGAAGAACAAGACCCGCAUCGACAACCCACUACUCUGCACCGAGGACGGUCCGGUCUACCAGCUGAGGCGGUGGUACGAACAGUUCUACGUCGACGUCGCCGACGUCACGCCCGAGAUGAUCGAUCGCUUCGAAUUCGAGAUGGAUACAAGCAAACCCAUCGCAGGAGCAGCGCAG